AUGACGACUCCUACCGAAACCCCUACCAUCGUAACGCUGAAGGACUCCGACUACGGACGAAUCCUCAGCACGAUUGAGAAUUGCGCAUUCAGCGAAACCGCCAUUCUGACCCCCGCGUACUCCCGAGAGAUCGACAACAUCCUCGGUGAGAUGAGCGCAACCGUUGCAGCGAGCACCUCCCUCGCCGUGCACAUUAUAAAGACCACGAAGAUGCUAGAAGACGCCGCACUUCGUACAGAUAUAGACGAAGGUACUAGGAUGCUCGCCAUGCUCCACCUUCAGAAAAGAAUUCGCGCAAUGGCGCUUCACCUCCUACCGCUCGACUUCCCCGACCUCGUAAACCUCGCGGUUAGGACGGCUGUGUCGAAGCCUCGCGCCGAAGAAGAAAUUAGACCCGUGCGCCCUCUGCCUAAGAAGAGAGCGGCCACGAUGGAUAGAACCCGCACGCUUUGUAGACGCUGCGGAGGAUAUGGGCACACUUUUAGACAGUGUCCUGACUACGUCUGCUGCAUCUGCAGCGAGAUUGGACCGGAUCAUUUAUCGAUCCACUGCCCUGGACUCAAGGGACGCAUCGUGCUCCAAGAGUUUUCAGAUGAGGAGAAGUUCUUUGAAGCUCUCCUAGAUUGGGAGCAGAAUCAUAAAGCACUCGCCGACCUCGCACUCGCCUUCCCCUAUGCCCGCGACGCCGAUACCCAUGACGCCUGUGCCAGCAACUCCCUCGACACCCGCACCGUCCUCCCAGCCUUUGGACGCAGUGGAUCUGUAACACCUACUAGAGCCCCAGCUCUCCCUACACCUGCCCCCGCUCUGCUAGAUUCCCCGCGCGGCGGUGCGCCGCCUGCGCCUAGAAAGACAGCGGUCUGGACCGCUAUGACCCCGCCCCAUGGCGCUAUGACCCCGCCUGGCACUAUGACCCCGCCCCUGGCCUAG